CUAGGUUCAAAUCUAAUAGAAUUGGGGGGAAAAAAUGAACAAAUCGGAUUCAGGAAAUCAUGUCACCAUCAACAACCCAGCAGACAUCAUCGUAAUUAUCGGCUACUUUGUGAUUGUGAUUGCGGUUGGAAUCUGGUCUAUGUUUAGGACAAAUCGUGGCACAGUAGGUGGUUACUUCCUCGCAGGACGUACCAUGGUGUGGUGGCCUGUUGGAGCGUCUCUGUUUGCAAGUAACAUAGGCAGUGGGCACUUUGUGGGCCUCGCAGGAACCGGUGCUGCCAGUGGGAUUGCUGUAGGAGGUUUUGAAUGGAACGCUUUAUUCAUUGUGCUGCUGCUGGGAUGGCUGUUUGUUCCGGUGUAUCUGACCGCUGGAGUGAUCACUAUGCCACAAUACCUGAAGAAGAGAUUCGGUGGGACUAGAAUCAGUUUGUAUCUCUCGGUCAUCUCUCUUUUCCUCUACAUCUUCACAAAGAUCUCGGUGGAUAUGUUCUCAGGAGCAGUGUUCAUACAGCAAGCCCUCGGAUGGAACAUCUACAUCGCAGUCAUCGCUCUUCUCUCCAUAACAGCUCUCUAUACUGUGACAGGUGGUUUGGCAGCUCUGAUGUACACAGACACAGUCCAGACCUUUGUGAUCAUUGCUGGAGCCUUUGUCCUCAUGGGAUUCUCCUUUUAUGAGGUUGGAGGCUACAAUGCUUUACUAAAUAGAUACAGUUCGGCGUUACCAUCAAUAAGCUCUUCUCCAGACCUACAGCACCUUAAUAUCUCUGCACGCUGUUACAUGCCUCGUGAGGACGCCUUUCACCUGCUGAGGGAUCCUGUGAGUGGAGACCUGCCCUGGCCUGGUGUGUUAUUUGGCAUUGCUAUUGUAGGAGGAUGGUACUGGUGCACUGACCAGGUCAUUGUUCAGCGCUGUUUGGCUGCACGUAGUCUGACUCACGUCAAGGCUGGAUGUAUAUUGUGUGGCUACCUGAAACUGCUGCCGAUGUUCCUCAUGGUGUUUCCAGGCAUGAUCAGCAGAGUCCUGUACCCUGACGAGGUCGGGUGUGUGGUGCCACACAAAUGUAAGCGAGUGUGUGGGACAGAAGUUGGAUGCUCGAACAUCGCUUACCCCAAACUGGUGGUCUCGGUCAUGCCCAAUGGACUGAGGGGCUUGAUGCUUGCGGUCAUGCUCGCAGCCCUCAUGAGCUCUUUAGCCUCCAUCUUUAACAGCAGCAGCACUUUGUUCACCAUGGACAUAUGGACACGCAUCAGGCCUCAGGCUCGAGAUCGAGAGCUGAUGAUAGUUGGCAGAGUCUGGGUGCUCUGCAUUGUUGCAAUCAGCAUUUGCUGGAUCCCUGUGGUCCAGGCUGCCCAGAGUGGUCAGUUAUUCGACUAUAUCCAGUCAGUAACGAGUUACCUGGCCCCACCCAUAGCAGCGGUCUUCUUUCUGGCUAUUUUUGUGAAGAGAGUUAAUGAGCCGGGGGCUUUUUGGGGCCUAAUGGGUGGGCUGAUGAUGGGUUUGUGCCGCAUCGCUCCUGAAUUCUACUUUGGAUCAGGUAGCUGUCUCGUUCCUUCCAAAUGCCCUCCACUUAUUUGUGGGGUUCAUUACCUGUACUUUGCAGUCCUGCUCUUCUUCUGUACUGGCAUUCUAGUGCUCCUUGUGAGCUACUGCAUGCCACCUAUAGACGACAAACACCUUUAUCGGCUCGUCUUUAGCUUGAGGUACUCGAAGGAACAGAGGCUAGAUCUGGACUGGGAGGAAGAAGAACGAGGAAGGAACGCUCGCCGAGAAGCAGAGGGAAAAAAUAAAGCUGUGUGUGAUGAGGACACAACUGGAGAUGGGGAUAAAUCUGGACCUGCCCAUUUAAUUGCCUGGUUCUGUGGCUUAAGUGGCUCUCAGGCUCCUGAACCUACUGAAGAAGAAGUCGUAGAAGCAUCAAAAGAACUUCCAGAUAUAAGUGAAGACCCGGUGUGGAAGCACUUUGUCAACGCUAAUGCACUGAUCAUGAUGGCAGUGGCUGUGUAUUUUUGGGGUUUCUAUGCAUGAUGAGAAUUCGUUAAUUAGCACUUUAACUGUUAUGUGAAAACCAUUUAUAUAAGCACGAUAAACAUUACAGGUCAUAACAAGUAGUUAUGUACUCAUGUGUAGUCAAUCCCUUAAACUAAGAUUUUGGAAAUCUAUAAAAUGUAAACAUUUGUUUUGAACGGAGUUUUGGUCUGUAUGUAUUAAUUCAGUACUGAGGCUGAGUUCAGACUGCAGUUCUGUCAUUAUAUUAUUUAUUAUGGCAUUAAAAAUCCCCAUCAUAUCACACUGCAUUAUAGACCGGUGUACAGUCUCAAUCAAUAAAAUGAUCUA